UUUACUCAACUAUUAUCCUGGCCUUGAUAUUGAGAAAAGGAAUAUCUUCGGAUUUACUGCACUUAUGAAGUCUGCAAUGCAAGGCCGAGCUGAAUGCGUCAGAGCCUUAAUGUUGGCAGGGGCAAAUAUAAAUGCAACAGACCCAGGUCGUGGAUUCACUCCUCAGGAAUGGGCAUGUUUUACAGGAAGAAUAGAAUCUGCCUAUCUGAUACAGAGACUUAUGGACCAGCCGUGCGCUGAGCAGUUUUGUGACCACUAUGAACUGGAAUGGCCAAAGAUGAAGGAACUUCUUGCCAAAGCUGCUGAGCGAAAAACCUGUUUGCAAAGGAUCUCAGAAGGUGUUCGGUCAGUAGUAGCUUUCAAAACAUACCAAGGCCCUGAAGAAGAUGGCGUCCUGGAUCAUAUGGUUAGAGUGACCACCAGUCUGAGGAGUUCCUUUGUUGCCAUUGCUUGCAGGACUGUGUGCCCUGGAAGUCCGCCUGCGCUAGGAAAACGUAGGCCUGCUGUGCAGGAAAUGCUUAGAAGACAAAGAGCAAAGGAAAUCCGAACUUUAGAGGACAGAGACCAUUUUCACAGCUAUGAGAAGCUGUUUCAAAACUCCCGAAUCACAUUAGUCCCCCAAAAGAAAGAGAGGCGAGCCAGCCUGCAGCCUUUCAGUCUAACUGUGCCCCAAGUGAGCAUUGUGCUUCCAAGGAAAACCAGCCUAUUACCACUGCACUUGAUGAGAAGGAGUAGUGUGCGUCCUGGGUUUGUCAUUCCCAAAGUUCGUAUCAACAAGGCGCCUCCACCUACUUUCCAGCCAGAGAAAGUAAGACGGAAAAGUAGUGCCAGUGAUGGGAGCUACCUGGAGAUUCCCAAAUGGAGGUAUAAAGAGCUGAAAGAGGAAAGGAAGAAGGCAGAAGAAGAUGAAAAGAAAAAAAUGGAAGAAGCUCAGAAACAGAAGCAAGGGUCCCCUCAGAGAAACAAGACUUGAUGCCCUUGCCAUGACUCCCACUCUCAGUU